AUGAAGAAAACUCCUGAAGAGAUUGUCACUCUUCUGAAUGAACUAUCUGAAGAUGUAGAACAAUGGUCCACUGAUCAAGGGGACCGAAGAAGAUCAGCAGGGGUGCAACAAGUAGAAUCAUCGGUAGCAAUACAGGCCCAAAUUGCAACUAUGGCUAAGGACAUCAAGCAACUGACGAUAGCUCAGGUGCAAAAUCAACCACAAGUUGGAUGUGACAUCUGUGGAUUGGGACACCCGACACAUGAGUGUCAAGCUACAGUUGAAGAAGUCAACAUUGUGGGGAACUUUAAGAAAUGCAACUACCAAAGAGGUGGAAAUUUCAAUUCUAUGGGACAGAUAUAUCGAGGGAUCUCAUGGAGUUCUUCAACUGGUAGUUUGAACUCAUGGCAGCAGCAAAAUCCCAUAGCACCAGUGCAAGGACCGUCUGGUUUCCAAACUCAACAAAGGCAACCAUACCAACCUCCACAUUCCAACAACUCAUGUUUAGAAGAUCUAAUAAAAGCAUUUAUAAAUAAAUCUGAUGAGCAACUUGAGACUCAAGGGACCGCUAUCAGGGAGAAAGGCACAACCAUCCAGAAUCUAGAGAGACAAAUGAUGCAGCUUGCAAUAUUGUUGUCAGAAAGGGUGUCGGGGACUUUGCCGGCAGACACUGAAAAGAAUCCAAAAGAGACAAUCAAAGUUAUGUCUCUCAGGAGUGGGAAAACAUUAGUAGAGCCAAAGUCAAAACCAAGGGAUGAGAAGGAGAUCAACUCAACCAAGAUAGCUGAAGAACAGAAAAUCGGUGAAUCUUUGCCCAAAGAGAAUGUUAGCAUCAAGGAUAUUGACAAGAAGAAGGUGAAAAACACAGUUGAGGAAAGAAAGAACAUGCCAUUGUUACCCUUUCCUCAAAAGAUAAAGAGGGAGAAAUUAGACAAAUACUUCGGGAAAUUCUUGGAGAUGCUGAAACAGUUGUAUGUGAACAUCCCGUUCAUGGAGGUGCUCACACAGUUGCCUGCUUAUGCAAAAUUCCUGAAGGGAAUCCUCUCAAGCAAAAGGAAGCUCGAGGAAACGAAAGUGGUCAAACUCAAUGCCCACUGCAAUGCCUCUACAAAAUAA